GUUCCGCUCGUGUCGAGCGAGGAAAGCUACAUCCUUGGAGAGAAGGGCUUCCUUCCGAGGAAGUGAAAAUCCAACGAUUGAUGAAAUUCUCAUAAGGCACAGCGAGCUGAAUGCGUGCUUUCACCGGCCGCCUGUUACGGUGUAUUGCGCGGAAGGAGCCACCACCGCGGCAUCAACUAACAUCCAGACCCACCCUACCUACAAGGCAGCCCAGGGGGAAGCAGCUUUUUUUUUUUUUUUGUGGGAAUUAGCUAACGAUGCUAACUUUAGCUUUGUUUACAUGGAGCGCGCGCCUCGUACCUGUUAGCUAAUUGCUAACCGAGUCUAUUUAGCCACCAAAGUACUGCCUCGACGCUCUUUUUUUGACCACAAUUAAGCGACCUUUUUCCAUUUUAUUGAAAUCGUUGGUCUUUAUGGCCGAGUCGAGCGUCUUCUGGCGCGAGGCAACUUGCCGCGGACACCACCGCGAGCGAGCUAGGUAGCUAAGCUAACAAGCUAGACUCGGUCACACGAUGCUAAUCCUUUGAAGAAAGUUCCCCCAGCUUGUCGGAGUAAUAAUGUGAUCACUUAUGACGACGUGCGUGUGAAUGUUUUCAUUAAAGAACGCUGAUAUUUAUUUAUUUGUGCGCACUGACGCACGCCGACCGGGGAUGCUAACGCUGUUAGCACGUUAGCUUCCCCGCUGUAGUGACCACUUAAUUCAUAUGUGGACGCAAAACUCCCCAGCUUGCUGCUUCCUUUCCACCCCGUCACUGGACUAAUAAAAAAUAAAAAAUAGCCUCAGUAGCCCCUCUGCAUCCUUUGGAUAUUCCUUUCCCAGAGAGGCGGCUAUGAACCCGGUCAACGCGGCCGCCCUGUACGUGUCCGCCAGCCGGGCCGUGCUGCAGUGUGACCCGCGGCAGCCGCACACCUUCUCGGACAUGUACACGCUGCUGCCCUUCUUCCGACAGUCGCUGGCUUGUCUCGUCUGUGGCGAGCUGGUACGGGACCCGGUGUCGGCGCCGCACCCCGGCUGUCCGCACCACGUGUGUCUGGGCUGCCGGGGCCGGAAGACGACGGCGGGCAGGGCGGCCUGCAGCCGCUGCCGGGACGCAGCCGGCUUCCGGGAGGACAAGCAGCUGUCCCUGCUGGUGCAGCUCUACCGGAAGCUGUGCGUCUACGUGGCGCACUCGGCCCUGCUGCCUUGCGUCAGCGCCAACGCCGAGCUCAUGGCGCUGCUGGAGGAGGCGCUGUUAGCACCCGUAGAGGACGCAGAGUCACCGGACACCCAGGGUUCCUGCACAAGUAUGGAAAGAACUGUGGAUGGCGACUUGGUGGACAGCGAACCUGUUGAGGACAGCGAGUUGUUGGACGGUGAGCCGGCGGAGGACGGCGAGUUGGCGGGUCGCAAACUGUUGGACAAUGAGUUGGUGGAUGGUGGGUUGGUGGACGGUGAUGCCGUGGAGGACGGCGAGUUGGAGCUGGAAGCCUCCGCUGCCGAGUCGUCCACCCAGACCAAGAAGCUGCAGGUACCCGGUGAGCUCUACCCAGAGCCGGGGGGGUGCAACGGGGCACUCCUGGAAAACCUGGAGCCGUCUUCGCCCGAGCUGGAAGUGUGCGAGCUGAUGGAGGAGACUCUACCGCAGCCCCAACCGGAGGGCCUCCCCGUAUCUGACACGGCCACUCUGGAGUUGAGUCUCACCACCGGACCCUUCACUGCCGGAGCCUUCGCCCCCGGAGCCUAUCCCACUGGAGCCUUCCCCGCCGGAGCCUUUGCCCCCGCACCGGGCGGCAGGGAGCUGGAGGAGGGCGAGGUGCUUCUCCUUAGCGUAGAGGAGGUCCUCCAGACUCUGGACCCCCUCCAGCCGCCCACUGUCGGCCCCCCGGACCGGCACGCCCACAUGUACCUGCAGCUGGAUGCCGCCCACAACUACACGCAGUUGCACACGGAAAGGACUCACAUGGCGGUGACCCCAGUGUUCCCUCCUCCGACUCUUCCUCCUCCUCUUCCUACCUCACCUUCCUCCCCGUCGUCAUCGCGCCACAAACGCAAGCGCUCGCGAUCGGAGAGCGACCGCGAGCAGGUGAGGCCGCUCCCCAUCGCCUCCAUCCUGCAGGGGCCGACGUCACCGCACGCUCAGCACGCCGCUGCGCCUUCCUUCGUCACGCCGCCGCACGCCUACUCGUCCCUCUACAACGGGGCGCCUCCCAAACCCGCCCGCCACCACCAUCACCAUCACCACCACCACCACGGCAAGGGUGCCCGCAAGCACGGAGAGCUGGCCGCCAAGAAGAAGGCCCGUUCGGGCGGCAAGAGCAAGGAGCGCAGCAAAGAGCAGCGGCUGCAGCUCUCCGGUUGCCUGGUGCCCCCCGCGCCCGCGCGGCCCCCAUACAAGAAGCCUGUGGAAAAGAAAGGCUGCAAGUGCGGACGUGCCACCCAGAACCCGUCGGUGCUGACCUGCAGGGGGCAGCGCUGCCCCUGUUACUCUAAUCGAAAGGCUUGCCUGGACUGCAUCUGCCGCGGCUGCCAGAACUCUUACAUGGCCAACGGCGAGAAGAAGCUGGAGGCGUUCGCCGUGCCCGAGAAGGCGCUGGAGCAGACGCGGCUCACGCUGGGCAUCAACCUCACCAGCAUCACGGCGGCCGCCGCUCUCCGCAGCCCGGCGGGCAGCGGCCUCCGUGCCGGCACCCUGCUCAACGUCGCCACGGCGACCGGCGCCCCGGUAGCCACCGCCUUCCUGUCGGCCAGCAGCCCGCCGAGGGACCCCGCCUACGAGGACAGCCUGGAGCUGCUCAUUGGCUGAACCCCGCCAGGAGGUGGGCCAGACUUUUCUUAUUUUUUUUGUUUUUUUCCGGUGCUCAUUGAAUGUUUCGGCUGCUCGCCACACCUGGCCUCCUGAAGGAGGCGCAACCAUGGCAGCUGCUUUCUUCUGUGGUGGAAAAUGCGCAGUAAUUGGACUAGCGUGGGCAUGCCAAACCCUCGUGUAUCGUGCCUGUGUGCGCGUGUGUGUGCGUGGGUGUUUGUCUCUCUCUCAAGCUUUCCCAUCAUACACCAUUCUGAAGGCAAUAGGACCCCCCCUCCCAUACUGCCAUGCCACACCCCCAUAGUUCCCUUUUUACCAUAUCGCUGUGCAAGCAACCGUCACAUCGAAGCACUUGACUGACAUUUAGCGUCGCUAGCACUUAGUGUGACCCGACAAAACUUCCACGGUGUGUUCAAAGACAACUCUGCAGCGCUUCUGUAAAAUCCCAAGCCAUAGGUUGUCGUCGCCGUUUUAUUUACCCCCCACCCAGAGAUUUCUUGUGUGUCUGUGAGUGUGUGUGUGUACAUUUUUAAGAGCGAGAGAGAGAGGGCGUGUCAGGCCUGAUAGAGCGUGUGUGUAUGUGUGAAAGAGUGCGCGUGUGUCGUCCUAGUGCAUCAUCACUGUAUCGGUCCAGCAGGUGUGGGACCAACAAAACCUUUCUAAAAAAAGAAACAAACAAAAAAAAAAAACUGAGCGACAGAGUGAGGACUCUCAGCGAUGAUAGAGCAUCUCUCCAUUGGUAGCAGGCGGGUUAUGACAUAAUGAUCAGCAUAUAUAAUGUAAUCUUCCCAUAUGUGUGCGUUUGUGUCUUUUUGGGCAUUACUUGA